AUGUCGUCUGCAGCACAAUCUGGUACAGCUGGCCUGCAUUUUCGCCGUCGGAGAGGGUUUCGGUGGGAUUACGCGACAUUUGGUGGGACCACGGUUCCGCUUUCCGCCCCGAGUGAAGAGAGUGUGGGGACAGUCGGCUCGGGAAGCGUGGAGGACGGUGUUGGCGGACUCGUUCCACCGAGCGUUCUGAGCGCUCCUGAUAGCUCAGAAACCGGCUCUCAAACUCCUACAUCCAUGACAGGUGUAGGCGUAUCUUUGUCAGCGCACCAACAACCCUCGGUGCAAACAACGUCUCCAGCUGUUCCCGACUCGGACUUGUUGGUCGCGGAUGCAAUCGACUCUUUGCCAGGCCCACUCGGUGCGGAGAAUAGUGACGAGGACGAGGAACCAAGGUGUCCUUUGACGCUGGAAAUAACUGCGAACAAGGUGGCUCGGUGGAUCUCCAUCAUUGUUCUAGGCUCUCUGGGAGGGUGGUCCCUUUUCCCUUCGGAGGAUAGGAUUCCAACUUCGAUGCGCUGGGUUUUGUGCGUCGCGUUCCUGGUGAAUUCGGUUGUUUGUAUGGCGUCUUUGGAUACGCUGUACCCUCCCGCCGUUAGUUGGUACUUUCGAAAAUCGUUGAACAGGUCUAGAUUGUUGAAGGGUGGGGGAAGCACAGCUGGUGCAGAUCCAGAUCCCAUUCUCGUAAAGUUGCGAGGGUACGAGAUUGUCAAUGCGGGUUUAGUUUUGGUGUAUCUUGCGUUCAAGUACUGGAAGAGAGAAGAUAAUACCGCGCUGGCGUGGGUGGAUAUUGCGCAUGGCUUGGUUGCUGGAGCAGUAUUGUAUCAAGUCAAUCAGAUUCAAUGGCCAACCGGCUGGAAGAGAUUUAAUCGCUGGAUGUUCAAGAAGAAUUUCGCAAAGUUGGCGAUUAAUAUCCUAUCCGUGAUCUAUGGCCUCAGCACCUGGUGGUGGACCUACCUCCGCAUCAUAGGCGUCAUCAAAGUGAUUCGCCAAAGGCGCGACCCCUCCGUCCGGCCACAGUUCCUCAUCCUGAUGGCAGGGAUGGUCCUUGAAGCGACUGCUAUUCUCCUCUUUGUGUUUUCGGCUGUGGUGUGGAGGUUCAUUGAGAAGCUGGGUGAUAAUGGCGUUCUUGUUAGGUUGGGGAGGGAGGUUGGUGUGAGGAGGAGGUUGGGCGAGUUGGAUGAGAUAUGGUACUCGCAUUUCGUUCCGAUGGUUGCGGUUGCGUAUGGGUGGGUUGUGGUUAUGAUGGCUGGGUUUUGGGAUGGUGUUCCGAUGGGGUUUGUGAUACCUUGCUCGCAGGGAGGAUGGGUGGUUUGCGAGAAACUGGCUAGAUAUGUAUGA